CUUGAAUACUGUGUUUUGCGACGAGUGGCUGACGCCAACAUGUACUACUGCUGUGAGGUAGAGGAUAUCCAAGCUUUUGAGCGUUACACGCGGCAGAAAAGUGGAAGCAGAAGUGAUUCCUGUGAUACCAGCGAUCUGUUAAGACUUGACCAGCUCCAUGACUUUUGGGUGAUCCUAACGAUUGAUGACAAUAUAAAACUACAGUUUUGUCAAAGGGAAAAUGGACGUCAUGAUCGUAUCUUUGAAUUGGCAUGGCGAAAAUGUCGACAGACCAUCCGAGUUAUCAACCAGGAGCUCCUUCUGAAUCGCAUGUUUGAACUACGAGAAUGUGAUCCUCUGUUGAUGACCAACAUAGGCGAAUCUAUAUCGACGCACGAUAAUUCCUUGGAUCGAAGCAAUACCUCGUCGGUAUCCGAGGACCAUGAAGUGGAUACCCACAUAGCCCAUGGAGCUCGUUUCACCUUUGCACCCGGCUAUUUUGCAUGUAAACUACAGGAGCAGCUUUGGUUUGAAGUUCACCCACGUCUACGUGUGCUUCGCAGCAACUCUCGCGAUCCCCUUGCAUUCGGGUGCGAAGCCCUGCGAAUCGCUUUGGAACAAUUCGCAAUCAGGAAUAUACCGAAUACUUAUGUUGUCAGAGAAAUGGAAAGAUUCAAAAACCACAUUCUUCUGGCUGUUUAUGGAGUGGAGAAACCUGGCCAUGAAAUAUGUAAAGUGCUCAGCGACCUUCUCCAAAAACGUUUGGACCAAGUGACUCUAAAUCAGUUGAUCGACACCUUGGCUAAGAAUUCCCAAACUAGGCUUGACAGUGCUGACGUCCAGUUUUUACAAAAAGAUCCAGCUACUCCGGCUGGUGUUUUCAACUACUCGAUUCCAAAUGCCAUGGCACAAUUUUUGCAACCCCUCAGCUACUACACGCAUCAACACAUGCAGGCAGCUAUGCCAUCGGCCAGGAAGACUUUGGCUCCGGUAGCACACACGGAUUUGACCGAUCGGUGUUCGUUCCACUACCGUUUCCCGGUAAACAGCCGGACUCCUAUGUACCAAUUUUUUAUCUCCUUGUAA